CAUCUCCCCAGCCACCUCUUGUCUUGUCAACGGGCGAGGGAGGUCUUCCCCCCUUUUGACAAAGGACCGAGCAGGACGCCAUGUCGAACGCCAGCGGCAGCGGCUCGAGGCUCCCUGGGGGUGCAGGGCGACCAGCGGCAGGGGGCGCUGCGGCAGACGUCGGACGCUCGUUCCUCACCCUUGACGACCUCUCGUCCCCAUCCCCGCCCAGGGCCGCUGCGGGCGCGUCUUUGACGUCUUCUUCUUCGUCUUCCGCUCCGCGAAGUGCCGCGCUUUCUCCCGACGAAAUCCGAGGAGCAGGAGCAGGAGCAGGAGCAGGAGCAGGGCGACUGCCGGACAGUGGGUUUCUGGCUCAGGGACAAGCGCAGAGGGGCCGUGCACUAGACUAUGGCCCUGCCAGCAGCAGCGGUCCCGACUUGGCGAGGGUACCAUUGUCACCAGUGGCAGCUCGCGCGACUCCCAACUCGCGAGGGAGCCGUUUGGGAGCCCAGAUGGGUAAGCGGGCGGCAGCAGCAGCGACGACGACGACGACGCCGACGACGACAACACCACCGGGAAUAUCGGGAGCCUCGGGACCAGUCAACAUCUCGGGACCGGGUUCAGCUGCAAAUGCAGCGUCACGCACCUCCCCUUCUUUCGCAUCUAUCCCGGCGGCCCAAGCGUCACAGUCCAGGCCUCGAGCACAGGAAUCACCACCGACAAGACACAACAACGGCAGCAGUAGCAGCAGCAACCCGACCAGCAUGGCGAUGCCAACAGCUUCAACGCCCCCGCAGCCUCGUCGACCUUCAGGUCUGAAAGACCAGUGGGAACGCGGCGCCCCUGAUGAGAUGUCGACACCUGCCUCGGCCUUGGCCUCAUCGAUCUCGGCAAACAACUCCGCCUUCUCGUCGUCGACAAACGACUCUCCUGCUCACGCAAUGCACACCGAUGCAACAGGCCCAGGCACCGGGCCACUGUCGUCGUCAAAUAGGAAGUUGACAUCGAGCAACAUAAACAUCCCUCAUCCGACAUCCAAGCCUCGAGGGGCUGGCGUCAAUGUUGCGGCCCUGGCUGCACAGUGGGACAGCAAUAACUCCUCGCCUUCGCCCUCGCCUUCCAAAGGCCGCCAAGAUACAACGGCGAUGCUGGCAGAUCUUUCUGCGACCAGACCUGGCCCGCAACAGCAUCAAGUGGUGCAGCCUCUGUUUGAUACAGGCGCGGGCAGGGUGAGGGGGUCUCCAGAGAAGCCGGAGAAUGUGGCCGGUGCGGGCCCAGCGACGGGAAGAGGAAGAACAAAGGCAACCGGGACAGGCACGACGAGUGCGGACUCAAAUCGACCCCGGGCGAAGGAAGGGCCGCCAGCAGCUGCGAUAAAUGCGCCAACGCAUGACACACUUUCUUCUUCGUUGACAGGGCCCUCGCCGCCGAGACCAUCGACUGAGUCAGCGAAGACAGACUCUACGAUCAGGCCGAUAGCAGAAGCAGGUGUUGGAAGUGGCGAAGCAGAACCCUUUACUACAACGACGGGACUGCGCAAUGACGUGGAAACAUUCAGGAGCAAGGAAAAAGCGGCAGACGCGAAGCCCGCAAGAAAGUGGCCACUUGGCGAUAGCGACAGCAGCAACGAAGUGAACACCGGGAUUCAUCCCGAUGCUAGCUUUGUCCCAUCUACGAGCGCGGCUGCAGGACAAGGGCCGAACAGCAGCGUGUACAAUGGAGCGAGGGAGAGUGAUUCCAGCUUGGGGUCUGCGACAACGGCCGACGAUUCGCUCAUUAGUACGCGGAAUCCGGGUCGGAACUCCUCGCGCCCAAGGCCGACUUCGCCUCCGCUCUCGCCAGAGUACCUUAACGAGACACUGCCCGAUGGUCAGCGAAGGCUUAGCAGAGCCUCCUCCUACGGCAACAUGGGCAGGGAGAUGGAGACGCAGGCGAGACAUGGCGAUGGCACUUGGUCCUCGAGCUCGUCCAUGUCGUCUUCCUCGGCGAACGGUCCCAAAGUGGGACGCCUGAGUCGGCUGCAGUACAACAAGGCAGAUGCAGUCUCGUUCCAUCCAGGCUCUUCUGUCGCUGCCAACUGGGACACCCGGCCAAAUGCCUCGUCGAGUGCCAAGAGGUCAAGCUAUAUGCGCCAAACGAGCAAUUCGAAUCUCCUUUCGGAGUUCCAGCGAAGAGGUAGCAGCGAUAGGCACGUAUCUGGAGGCAGCGGAUCCGUCUCGCCUCUCCCCAGGGAUUCCGGUAGACAAUCUACGGAGCCAACAUCGAGUGAUACGCCUGUGAGCCCCUCUGGCCAACCGAGGGAGCUGCUCUUGCCUUCUUUGACCGUUUUACGAUCGGACGGCGCUUCUUCGCCAAGCCACUUUCCUCCCUCUGCAGCUCAGAGAUGGCAGCAUAACGCAUCCCUGCAGCAAAAGGAACAGCAGCAGCAGCAGCAGCAGCAAGAGCAGCAGGAUCUUCACAAGGAGCCCAUUGCACCGGCCGAGUCUCCAGAAACAGCACUGAAGAAUGCACCACCUUCGUCAUCAUCAUCUGAUGUCAAGCCGUUGCUGACAGAGCUGGGAGAAGCGGUGUCGACGACUGUGCCACCCGAUGGAAACAUCGCUGGAGCAGUCACGCCUCGGAAUCACGCGAGAGACUCGCGCGUCAGCCCCGGAUAUGCUGGCCUGCCUCCAAGCCCUACUGUUGGUCAGCUGUCCGAUACCGCCAUCGUACAGCUGGGCGCGGUUCCAGGCUCGAGGCCCGAGUCGUUGCUCAAUUCAAACGGAGCACCAUUGAGCAGCAAGAAUGUCCUGACGAUCGCAUUACAAAAGGCGCAGAGCGCAGUGCAACUUGACAGUGCAAACAAUGUACCAGACGCCAUUGCGGCGUACAAGCAGGCCGUCAGGCUGCUGCAGGAGGUCAUGGAGCGCAUCUCACCAAAGGCGUCAAAGAGCCGCAAGCACAGCAGAGACGAGGAAAGAAGGAGGCUCAAGGUCAUUCAUGACACCUACGCCGAGCGGAUACGACUUCUGUCCAUCAUUUAUUCGCCAGAAGAAGAAAGUGCCGAGCUGUCGGAGCCGUCGCAGAGCACCGAGGGCCCAGAAGACGGGCCUAGUCGUCCUGACCUGGACAGUGAUGCAGAAAACGUCUCGGUGUCAGCGCCGCCACUGAUCGCCAUUGAGCAGCAUGCAUCCUCAGGUGGCAACGUGCAAGGAGCAGGAGCAGGGGAAGUGAGGCUGCAGCGAUCCGACUCUGACAGCUCGUUCCGAUCGGCGAGAGCUUUGCGCUCUUCCGUCGUUGGAGCGCUGAAGGUCCCUGGCGAUUCGUCGAUGCUGAAGACGAGCCCAAACAUGGUAGAGGACGACAUUCGAACACCGACGACGCCCUACUUUGACGUCGACCCGAAUCUUAUCAGCCUCGGUGACGAGUCUUUGGCAACUGCCGAGUCAGACCGCUCAGACCGUCAGUCGCAGCAGCAGCAGCAGCAGCUGUCUCUGUGGAGCACGAGCCCUUCCUCACCGUCCCCAGACACUCCUGUGUCGGCGGGGCAAACGUCGUAUUCGGCUGCGAUGAACCGAGGAAGACGACAUGCGAAUCAGGGCAGGGUGGCCGGGUCGCUGUCUAACAUUCUCCUGAGCCAGGAGGAUGCCACCCAUCGCAGCUCCAGUUCGGCUUCGCGGCGCAACGAGAGAAGGCCGAGCAGCGAGGGGCUCGAGCUUGCCAACCAGCAAAAGCUUAUGAAGCUCGAGCAAGCUGAUCAGCCUGCGCACGAGUCAAAGACAGAGCAGAACAGCUACGAUUUUCCAGCGAGCGGAGAUGCUGGACAUGAUGAGGACCCAAGAAUGGCGUCAGACAGACAGGUGCAAGGCCAGCAACAGCAACAAUCGAGGCGCUUGGCCCAUUCGCAGAGCAAGGGCAGCGGCGGAAGCAGCAGUAGUCUUCUCACCGUGCGGCCCAGGGCGAUCACCACGCUCACCUCGUCGCACGAACUUCCGCAGCAAGAGGUUGGUACUGCCUCGAAACCAUUCCUGGUCAAUGCCACCACGGCCACUGGUACAAUUCAUCAGCGGCGAAAGCAGGGAAGUAGUGCCACGGACUCGCCACGACCUUUGAACUCAUCGCCAUCUCUGUCGUCCUCAUCGUCGCCCGCAAUCGGGACCAUGCCGUCGCCAGAUCCAUCUGCGCCCGUGUCGACUGGUGCCCCUGCUGCUCCCGCUUUUGCUGCUGCCGCUCUUGGCGCCCCGCUCGUAUCCUCUUCCUCCUCCGACGCAAAGUUCACAGCGACUAGUGAGACUGAAAGUACGGAGGAAGGGUCCAAGUCGUUCUCUGCCGGUCGAAAGCGAGCCGCUUCUCAGCCCAACAACCGAAGACCCUCGAUCCCACAGGCCUUCUUGAUGGGUCAAACGGUGCCCGGCCAGCCAAAUGGGCCUCCUCCCGUCCCACGGAUCACGAGAAAAGCCUCUAUGCCCCUCUCGCCUCUGUCGCCUUCUGCGCAGGGCCCAACAGCAGGCUUACGUGUCAUGGCUUCGACUAAUGCGGCCCAGGCGGUUGCUGACCGCGGUGCAGGCCACGGCGGACUGGAACAGCUCCGCUUUCCGAGUCCGGCGCCUUCGGCCUCCUCGGGGUACCAUGCACUGGGUACGCCCAUCUCGCCCUACGGCAAUCCGAUUGGGCCAGGUUGGCUGGGCGCCGGAAAGUUGGGAGCAGGGGGAGCUAUAGGAGCUGGCUACAAUCCAGAGAAGAUGCCUACUCUCGCCGACGUCUUUCCUUCAGGUUUGCCCUCGAUGCACUUCGCAGGCCCAACUUUCGCUUCGAAUACUAGUGCGACGUCGCUGCCCUGGCUCGGUGUCAUGACGUCGCUGCCAGAUCCCAGCGUCUUUUUGCCAACGGUACCCAUCGACUCGAUGCUGAAGCCCUUCCACACGAUGAGGCUGCUGCUCCUGUCCAUGCAGCGAGGGGCUUAUCUCAGCCAGCGGCUCUAUGUGCCAAAGGAGCUGUGGUCGCAGCCAGGCGGGAGCUCACGAUUGCUCGCUUUGGACACCAAGAUCAAGAUGCUGGAGCUCGUGUCCAACGGGCUCGAGGCCGUCGAGGUGGCUGGAAGGCCGAUGUGCAAGCCCCCCUCAGGACAGAACCCGGGCAUGGAAGCCAUGUUUGCGAGCCGGUUCGCAAAGCAGCUCGAGGACUUUGAUGCCAUCCUCGUCGAGGUCCAGAACACACUCGCCAAGAAACUGGGCUUUGUGGACGGAUGGUCGGCGAGCUCGUCGUCGGGCAAGAAGGGUGGAAGUGCGGCAGGCGGAGAGAGUGGCGCUGCAGGCGGCUCAGGCAUCUUUGGAAGCAAGUUCACUCGAGGUCUCGAUCGAUUGGCUGGCGGCGGUGGCAAAGAGGGUGAGAAUAUGAACUCAUCAUCAUCGUCCUCGUCUACACUCGUGUCCGACUCGCCAGCUGGCGGCUACGUCGACGUCCUCUCACGGACUUUUGCGCGAAGCCAUUCGAUGGCCCUCCACCUUGGAGCCCUGCGCAGGGCUACUGGCAAAGCUGCCUCGUCGAUGAAGGAUGACCCUACGGCGAUGUCGCCCACGUCAGUCUACCUCUUCCAGUCCUUGCAGCAAACCAACGACGCCUCCACCCCGAGCGAAGAAGCCUAUGCCGCUCUGCCCGCCGAGCUCAAGUCCCACAUCGAGGCCAAGUUGAAGAGGGCAAGCACAUUCUUUGCCAAUGUCAUUUUGAGAUUCGUCCUCAAGGAUCUGGCCAUUCUGAUGGACAAAUCCGUAAAGAGAAACUCAGUCCUCUUCUCAGAGUAAGCCGCUCCAUUCGUCUGGACACAAAGGCCAAUCAACGUCUUUGAUUUCUUUGGUUUCAGCCCUCUUCUCGCCCUCUUUUUACCUUUGUAGCGUCUUUGUCUCAUCGCACACUCUCAC